CUCGCUUCUCCAAUGGCGUUUUGCUUUUGCAGGGGCGUGAAGCUUAGCUCAUCAAUUCCGCUGCCUUCCUUCCGUCUUUGCCCUCUCAAUUCUCGGCGACCUGUGCUGCUUCACCUUCCUCCGCUUCUGCAGCUUCUCCGCCAUUUCCCAGCUGAAAUCAAAGAGUGAUCGGAACCCCGACAGAAGUUGGAUAGCGUAUUUAUUCGGUGCUGGUGCAAUGGAAGCCAAGUUUUUCCGGUUUCUCAAGAUUGUAGGAGUCGGGUACAAAGCUAGAGCUGAGGCUGAAGGGCGGCUCUUGUUCCUGAAGCUGGGAUACAGUCACGAGGUUGAACUCGCUGUCCCUCCAGCCGUCCGGGUGUUCUGCUUCAAGAACAAUGUUGUUUGCUGUACGGGAAUCGAUAAGCAGAGGGUCCACCAGUUCGCAGCCACUGUAAGGAGUUGCAAACCUCCCGAAGUUUACAAAGGCAAGGGAAUUAUGUACAUCGAUGAAGUUAUCAAGAAGAAGCAAGGGAAGAAAUCGAAAUAGGUCGGUUGUACUACGCUGUAGGAUUUUGUCACUGUAGUUCGACAGCAGAGGACAUCAAGUCAGUGCAUUGUGCAUCCACAUUUCAAAGUGCUGAGUUUUUUACUAUGGUCUAUCAAUGUAUGACUUCUGUGUUGUGGCUCGCGAAUUGAAUUGUUCCAUGGAAAUAACCGGUAUGUCUUUGGUUUUCAGUUGGAAAUUAUGCCAUUUUUUGACUUGCUGGUGUUAAAGGCUCUAAUUGUUUUAAUUCAAGAAUUUCGGCAGGAGAUAGUUGCCUGCUGCACACUUAUUUAUGAAACCAUACAUAGCCUUUUUCUUGAUUU